CGACAUAUCCCUGCAGUUGUGAGUGUAAUGGAGUGAUGUUGUACAUUCAUACAUAGAAGUGCACACGUGUACGUUCUGUUGACCAACGAAUGAUAACUUUACCGCUUUUGGCAUUUGGGAUUAAGGCAGUAUGGGAAAAAUUCAGACAUACCUUUGGUAGCACCUUAAACGUUCGAAAACGUCACACACGCGAUGUCCAUGCUUCCUUUGUUGUACAGGUUGACUCCGUGUGAAGCGGGGCAAUGUUGAAGCGAAUGGAGUAUUGUGCAAAACCGCUUGGAUAUAUUUGGUUAUAGUGCAAGGGAUCAAUUAUCGCCGUGAGUAUUUUAUCACCAGGCUGUGAUCACCAUAGGUAAGAUGUACUACUAUCAAAGAUCCUUCAGCCACGAUGACGUGUAAAGUUGUACAUGUCAAUCACAUGAUGAUCACACAACCUUCAAAUUCAUACACUCUGUCAAUCCUUUGGUUGGUAUGAUACAUUGACGUUUACGGUCUACAUAACUGCAUAUCGUGUAAAUAAUAUGAAGCGGUACAAGAUACGGGUCAUUAAGGUAUUAGCGUUAUGUGUGUUGUUAUUAUUUCUGUACACAACCAGAUCCCUCAUACAAACGGCCGAUAAACAGUUGACUUUUGCCACUGGGAGGGAGAUACCGGGACUCAAACACGGGAAUUCUCCAAGGGAGGGGGCUAGCGAUAAUAACAUAAAUUCACAUUCGGGAAUGGAUUCAGUUGGAAAGAGUGUAAACAAUGAACAACAUGUUCCUGUGAGGAGAUAUAUGAAUGGCACAGAGAUACAACACAAGAAGCAAGGACACAUUUCAACACUCGGUGAUAGGUACCAGAAGGGUGUAGGAGUAGGAGACGGCCAAAAGGAUGUACACACAGCAGUAAGAGACAGCAAGAAGGAUGUGCACUCGGGAAAAGCCUUAGAGCAACCUGGCCAACAGACACAGAACACACAGAGUGUGGAGUAUUAUGUUGAGGAAUAUGGAGGAGAGGACAGAAAUGUAACCUAUCCACCGUUUGUGGAGCACAGUCCUGAGAAUGGUCCAGGUGAAUGGGGUAAUAGUAACACAUACAAACCCACAAGAGAUGAAGUGCUGCAAUGGCAAGAGGGCGAGAAGAGAAAUAGCUUUAACCAGUUGGUGAGCGACCAGAUAUCUGUACAUCGGCGCCUACCAGAUAGCAGACUUGACGAAUGCAAGUCACGUGUGUAUCCAGCCGAUCUACCUCCAGCUAGUGUCAUCAUCUGUUUCCAUAACGAGGCUUGGUCCACACUCCUCAGAUCUGUCCACAGUGUCCUUGACCGAUCUCCUGCACAUCUCAUAAGGGAGAUAAUUCUCGUUGAUGAUGCAUCUACUCAAGACCAUCUCAUGGCACCUUUGACAAAGUACAUGUCAAAACUUGGCAAGGUGAAGAUUGUCAGACACCGGAAGCAGCAGGGUCUAAUCAGAGCGAGGCUGACUGGAUAUGAAGUGGCUGCUGGACCUGUGCUGGUGUUCCUCGACUCCCACAUCGAGUGUUUCCCAGGUUGGUUAGAACCACUGCUGGACCGAAUUCGGAAAGAUCCUAGGAACGUUCCCUUCCCUAAAAUAGACAUGAUCCACCCUGGAAAUUUCGGUACAGGAAUAGGAACUACCAUUCGACAGUUUGGAGUCUUUGACUGGAAGAUGCUUUUCUUCAACUGGGGCAACAUUAGCAAGGAGCGAAAAGGUAGACUGAAAACGCCUGCUGAUCCAAUAAGAUCCCCUACAAUGCCUGGUGGGUUGUUUGCUAUAGACAAACAGUGGUUCACAACUCUGGGAACGUAUGACCCGGGACUCUUGUACUGGGGUGGAGAAAACAUGGAACUCUCUUUCAAAGUGUGGAUGUGUAAUGGUUCACUGGAGCUGCUGCCUUGUUCUCAUGUGGGUCACGUGUUCCGCUAUACAAAUCCUGUGAAGUGGAAGGGAGGCGGGGAUCCCAUAUUGGCCAACUCCAUGAGAGUUGCAGAAGUGUGGCUCGAUGAGUACAAGUACUUGUUCUACGAGCAGACUUCACUGCUCCAGGGCGUUAACUUCGGUGAAGUUAACGACAGGAAGAAACUUCGGGAAAGUCUUCAUUGUCAUAACUUCCGCUGGUACAUUGAGAACGUUUUCCCUGAGUGUGUUAUUGUCCCAGCCUUGAAUGCGGGAGAGAUUCGCAGCGUGUCAAGUCCCACUCUGUGUCUGGAUGCUGGAACCAAUGCACCGAGUCUGUACCCUUGUCACGGUGCUGGUGGUAAUCAGUACUGGCAGCUGCUACCUUCGGGAAUCAUGUGGCAUUCAAAUACCCACAGCUUGUGUGUGAAGGAAGGGGAGCUAACCUAUGCCCAGUGCUGGGGAAACAUGGCGGGCAACUGGACUUAUACCGAGGAGAAGAGCCUUCAGCUGGGAACAACAGACACAUGUCUUACACUUGGAGCGAAUACAACCCUUGUGAUGGGUCCAUGCAACAGGGAUGCGAAUCAAAGAUGGAUAUUUGAGAAGAGUAAAUUUAAGCAACAUAAAACAUAGCAAUUUUCGACAAUGUCUUAAAUGUAUGAGUUUUGAUAAAAUGUUUGUAAAUAGUCA